AUGUCUGAAAUGUCCGAUGUGUCCGAUCACAAAGUGAUACUAGUCGAUUUCGACGGUGACCACCCUCAAGACUGGCCAGCAAAGCGAAAAUGGAUUAUCAUGGCUAUCAUUUCGAUCCCUCUCUUUUUGAUGCCAUUGUCGUCCACUAUCACCACUCCCACUGUCGGUUCUAUUGAGGAUGAAUUCAACGUCUCUUCUUCUAUUACUGGUCCAUUGGCAUUGUCAUUGUUCCUGCUCAUGUACUCCAUGGGCCCAAUCCUGCUUGGGCCAUUGAGUGAGUUAUGUGGACGAUGGCCUGUAUUGCAGGCUGGCAGUCUAGUCUACCUAGCUUUCAAUAUCGGAUGUGGCUUUUGCACGAGUAUCACCCAGCUAUUGGUAUUCCGGCUUUUAAGUGGUGUCGGUGCCAGUGCAUCGCUAGCUGUUGGCGCGAGCAUGGUCGGGGAUGUAUUUCGCAAAGAGGAACGAGGUCUGCCCGUUGCUCUGGUCAGCCUAGGUCCUGUCCUAGGAUCAUGUCUUGGUCCCCUCGUGGGCGGUUUCAUUGCAGAUUAUACCACCUGGCGGUGGGCAUUCUGGUCAACAUCCAUUUCUGCGGGGAUAUUCCUUCUUCUCGGUCUUAUUACCGCGCGAGAGACAUACGCUCCUGUUCUUCUUCGACAAAAGAAGAAAAUCAUCAUGCAAGAGGCACAGCAACAAGGUAAAGAGCACAAUUUAAUAUGGAAGACACCAUAUGAAAAAGACGAAACCGUCGGUCAACUCUACCGACGCACCAUUUCCCGCUCCCUCUACUUCCUCGGCACGCAGCCAAUCAUCCAAGCCCUGGCGUGUUACUACGGCUAUCUCUACGGGAUUGUCUACCUCCUCCUCUCCAGUUUCUCAGAUCUAUGGACAAAACAAUACAACAUGGCAAUCAGCACUGGAUCCCUCAACUACAUCGCACCCUGCUGUGGAUACUUCAUCGGAGCUCAGAUAUGUGCUUUCGGGACCGAUCGUGUCUACAAGUAUCAGGUAGCCAAGAACAAUGGCGUUGGAAAACCAGAAUUCCGUUUGCCGAUUAUGGUUCCAGCUUCACUGCUAGUUCCUAUUGGCUUGCUCUGGUAUGGCUGGAGCGCAGAGUACAAGACUCACUGGAUCGUGCCUGACAUUGGCAUUGCGCUUCCUCUGAUGGGCGCCACAAUCAUUUUUCAGUGUGUCAGUGCGUACCUAUUGGAUACUUUUCCUGUCUAUGCAGCGAGCGCCAACGGCGCUGUCUACAUCGUGAGGGGACUGACUGGAUUUGGAUUCCCGCUGUUCAGUCCGGAGAUGUAUGCAACGCUUGGAUAUGGAUGGGGUAAUACCCUUCUAGCACUCCUGGCAUUGGUGAUCGGAUGCCCUAUUCCGUUCAUUUUGUGGCGAUAUGGAGAGCAGCUGAGAGCCGCGAGUAGUUUCGCCGAUCAGUCUAAGUAG